GCACCGUUCAGUGAAGUUUCGGCAGUGGGAGAGGGAGGUUGUGCGCCGCCGCGGGUCCUCAAGAUCUUUUGUGAUAACCUUUCCGCGGGUGGCAAUACAGUGGCGGCAAAGCAGGCCAUUGAUUGACGGCGGACUUACUGUUUGGAGUGGCUAGCGAACCCCGAACGCGGCGCCCGGGCGAGUCCACAAUACUGGAAAAAGUGGAUGUGUUUUUUCAGGCUUGUGUCCGUCGGUUGGCAUCGCGGGCUGCGGGAGGGAGGGUGAGGCCGGGGGGCGACGACGACAGUGCCUCGUUCCGUCCUCAGCGGCACUCUCGCUCAGGGCAUUCCUCGCUGUCUUCCUUCGCCAUGGACACGUGGGCCUAGACCACCAAUUAUGGGACGCCCCCCCAAGCCCCGCCUCCAGGAUGAGGUCUCCGUCGUGAGCGUGGAGGGCGAGGUGGUCUUUGCAGUGCUCACUCUCCAGGCAGACCGAUGUGCGGCCCCCACUGCCGGGGACCUGGGCCCCUAGGGUUCCGCGAGCGGCCCUCACCCACUGCCAGCCGCGCCACCGAUCUGACGGAGGCGCUGAGGGAGGGUCAGCCCUGUGUGGGUGUUCAGAGCCGCCGCCCCUCGAGUGUCUUACGUGAACCGCCCUCCGCCAGCCACCAUGGGCAAGGGGCGCAGCGAGGGCCUGCUCUCAGACCCUCCCUCAACUUCGGCCUCGGCCUCAGCCUAUUCCUGACCUCCGCCCUGCUCUUCGCCGCCUUCCACCCCGCUGACGCAGGGCUGGCUUUGAGCGAACACAUUCAACACUUCGAGCCAGUCUUCUACAGUCCCGCCCAGCUCCUACACCACCACCGGAGAGCCAAGCGAGACACCUCACACCGUCUCCACCUGGACUUCACCGCCCACAACAGGCUGUUCAAGCUGCGGCUGCGGCGGGACACCUCCCUCUUUGCCGACGAUGUCGUGUUCGAAUCCACGUCCGGCCCUGUCGACUUCGACCUCGGCAAGGUGUACUCUGGCGUGCUGGAAGACGACCAUCUGUCGGAGGUGUCGGGCGUGGUGACCAACGAGGGCUUGUUCGACGGCCACGUGUCGACGCCCUCGGAGCUGUACUACCUGGAGCCUGCCAGCAGGUACCUGCCCAACGCCGAGUUCCAUUCCGUCAUGUACAAGGCCUCGGAUGUGGUGCACCCGACGGCGGCGCGCUGCGCCUCGCAGCAGCUGCACCUGCGGGGUCGCGUCCACACGCCGUGGGCGCCCCACCCGCCUCCCACAGAGGACGCCGGGGCCUUCGAAGGCGUGCCGCCCCCUGUGGGCCCCGCGCUCUCGCCCCGCCGGGCCUCGUCGCCUUCCUCUCAUUCUUCCAUUUCGUCCAGCGUGGCCGGGGGCGGCGCCCUCCCCACACCCAAGGCUGUGAACCCUCGCGCCCCCCCGCCUACCUCGCCCCCCGCCCGCCAGCCUCAGCAGCAGCACCACCGCCGCCCUCUUAGUCAGUCAUCCUCAAAGAAACAUAUUUUUUAUAAGAAAUCGCCGUCUUUUGUACAGCAAUUUAAAAAGGGGGCGAGGGAGGCCCCCCAAGGUGCUCAGUCCCCCACCGCCACCCAUUCCCCAGCUCCCAACCACAACAGCUCCGCCCUCCCCGCCGCCCACCUCCACCACCCCGCCAACCACCUGGACUUCCAGCUGGUAUACGAACCGACGCGGGGCGGCGCUGCCUCUGCCCCCAGCGAUCCCUGGAACUACACCCGCCGGGGUGUGGGGAGGAGGCCCCCCGCCGUGCUUCCAGACGAGCCCGCGCCCUGGCCAAGGAGAGGCCCCAGGAGGAAAAGGUCGGGCGUGGAUCCUCUCAAAACCACCUGCAUGCUGUACCUGCAGGCUGACCACCUCUUCUUCGAGAAAAUCGGAUCAGAAGAGGCGUGCAUUGAAACCAUGACCCGCCACGUGCAGCGCGUCAACAAUAUCUAUCGCGUUACAGACUUCGAUCUCGAUGACGACGCAGAUGAGAUCGGAUUUAUGAUCAAGCGCAUUAAAGUACACACGAAGGAGGCGCUGCAUGAUCCCGCCUACCGCUUCCCUGGCAACUACGGGGUGGAGAAGUUCCUGGAGCUCUUCUCGGAGGAGGAUUACGAUGCCUUCUGCCUCGCCUACAUGUUCACCUACAGGGACUUUGAGGGGGGAACUCUGGGCCUGGCAUGGACGGGGGACCUCAAGAAUGCAGGGGGAGUGUGUGAGAAAAAUGGACACUACAGAGGUAGUCUUAAGAGCCUCAACACGGGGAUCGUCACUCUCCUGAACUACGGCAAGCAUGUUCCUCCUGCCGUCAGCCACGUCACUCUUGCUCAUGAGAUUGGGCACAAUUUUGGUAGCCCCCAUGACCCAGAGUCCGACACCCGCUGUACUCCUGGUGGGGAGGACGGCAACUACAUCAUGUUUGCCAGGGCCACGUCGGGUGACAAGCGGAACAACAACAAGUUCUCCCCGUGCUCAUUGCGACAGAUCAACAGUGUCCUCAACUCCAAGGCACGGGACUCCAAGGGGUGCUUCACUGAGCCACAGAAGGCAAUUUGUGGCAAUGGUGUGGUGGAGAUUGGUGAGGAGUGUGACUGUGGCUGGGAAGAGGACUGUGAUGAGUCGUGCUGCUACCCCAUGAAGAACAACCCCAAGAAGCACCAGACGCCCUGCACGCUGAGGCCUGACAAGGUCUGCUCCCCGUCCCAGGGCCCAUGCUGCACCCACGACUGCAAGAAGAAAGUGGGUGACAAGUGCCGAGAUGACAACGGGUGUCGUGAUGCAUCCUUCUGCAAUGGUCGAGGGCCAGAGUGUCCUCCAUCAACCAACAAACCAAACAAGACAAUCUGCAACAAGGAGUUUGUGUGCUACAAGGGUGAGUGCAGCGGCUCCAUCUGUCUGGCAUAUGGUCUGGAGUCGUGUCAGUGUGAGCGGCACCCUGGGGACCCCAUCACCAAGUCCUGUGAGCUGUGCUGCAAGCUGCCAGGAGAGAACAACCCUUGCAUGUCCUCCUUCGAGUGGAAUACACCACCCUAUGACAUCCCAGACAUGUACGCGAAGGCUGGCACGCCCUGCAACAACUACAAAGGUUACUGUGAUGUGUUCAAGAAGUGCAGAGAGGUGGAUCCUUCCGGCCCCUUGGCAACUCUGCGUGGACUGCUGCUGAGUGAUGAGUCUCUAGCCAGUCUGCAGCGGUGGAUUGUGCAGCACUGGUAUGCCGUCCUCUUCGUGGUGCUGGCCUUCAUGGUGCUCCUGGUGGCGAUAGUGAAGGUGUUCGGGAAGGCUCCUCAGCCAGUCAAGCUUAAGAAGAACCGCACCGUCCAGCAUAAGAAUUCUGCUGCUCUGCAGUACUCAGUCACACCCACAGCAGGUGCCACCUCCAACGGCACUACUGCUAACGGCACCACCGCCAACGGCACCAUGGCCAACGGCACGGCUGACAUCACCACUAACCAUGUUGUGCACCCCACGGUGGUGAGGACCAACCUGCCCUUCAAGAGGAAAGUGAAUGAGGUGCGGCGAGCAGCCACCAAAGCCAAGCGGGUGGCCAAGAGUCAGCUGAGUCGGCCACACAAGAGGCCGAGUCGCCGUCCUGACGGCACUGUCACAUCUCCCACAGAUUCUGAAAAGAGUGGCCCUGGGGCAGUGGAUGGUGCCGCAGGGGGUGGGGAGGCACGAGUCAAGGGCAGGCUGUCCAGCAGGUUCUCCAUCAUCAGCUUCAAGGCCUUCCGCCCCAAGUCACUCAGUCCAGACAAACACAAAGGCAAGAGUCCUGACAAAAGGAAAUCAAAGAGUAGCAAUGAUAAGAAGUCCAAAUCAAAACCCAGCAAAACUCACCAUCGCAGUCGCAGUCCCGACAAGAAGAGAAGAGCUGAGGCUCAGGACAAAGCCAGAAAAUCCCGCAGUCCUAACAAACGCUCCAGCCUGGAGGACGAACGCAGAAAGUCCAGAAACCGCUCAGUGAGUCCUGAUAAAGCACGCAGAUCUUCCAGUCCAGACAAACAGCGACAGAAAGUGAGAAGUCCCGAAAAACACCACAGGCUUGGUGAAGGCAACUGGCUUAUAAACAAGUUCUUGGCAGAUGAGGAGAAGACAGCUAAGCCUGUUGUCAAUGGAUCCCUCAUGGGCUCCCUGAAUGGAUCCCUCAGCUCAGUGAAUGCUGUGUUGGGAGGUGCCAAUGGCAGCCCCCAUAUGAGUGGAGCAAGGAAUGGCUCUACUCGAGGGCUGCUUGCUGGAGACAGCAACAGAGCCAGUCCCAUGCGGGGCUUUGUCAACGAGGCCUUCAUUAGUUCUCCCAGAGGAGCUCGCACUCACAGCUCUCUCAGAGUCACUAAGUCAGUCAGUCCUGAGGGACUAGACUGUGACUUUGGGCAGAGUAAAUACAGAAGAUCCAUUAGUAUGGAGGCAUACAACAGACCUCCAUCCAGCCCAGACAAGAGAAAGCGCUCAGUGCUGGACGAAGGACUCAGUCCUGACAAGAGGAGACGGUUCAGCAGUCCAGAGAAGAAUCUAAAGCAGCACAGUCCCUCCAAGGAGAGGCGGCUAACUUGCCCCGAGAGGCCCCGUCGUGCAGCUUUAAUAGCAGAGAGAAGACUCUCCUCCACGUCUCCGCCGUCAUCAAAGACCAACUCAUACUCCUCUGUGCCCGAUCGCCUUCGGGAGAAGCUCUCGCUCAUCACUGCCAGCCCUGCAGGCAGCAUUGCCUCCAUCCUCCCUCCAUCAGAGACAGCAGACACUGUCAGUGUCCACUCGUCCACACACUCCUGUCACUCCAGCCAGAGCCAGCCCAAGGAAUGGGUGUGAAAUCCUCUUCUUUGGCUUGACUGGGCCAGAAACUUUAAGCACAUCUGGGUGGCUUUUUUUUACUGUGUAACUCUUGUAGUGCAGUUGACUGGUCCUGUUGUUGUUUCUCCCUGAAGGCAUUGUCUGCUGGGCACACAACACCUCUGCGAGAGACUACAGUGUUUCCGUCUUACUCACAUGUGAGGGUUCAUCAUCCACUUUGUGCCAACAAAUUUGUAAUGUUUCAUAGAUCAUAUAUAAAUAUAUAUAUAGAUCUAAGAUUUUACAAGUCCAGUAUUCUGAUGUGGUUUGCACUCUGAUGGUUUUGAUAACAAGGGGAAUAGUAAAGAGUGCAUAAGAGAUGUGAUACACUGGUGCAGGACCACACUGGGGCACUACCCACUCACAUGCCUUUAUUUAAUGGGUAUUUAUUUUCUCCACUACAACCAACUAGACUAUGUUAAGUAAUUAAUCUUACUUUUAGUCAAUAACACCAAUGUUCUUGCUUUGUGAUAAUAUUUUUAGGUUAACACUACACAUCUUUGUCUUGCUCAAGGCCAAAGCAGCUGAUAAAGAGAGGUGAGUGUGCAGCAGGUGUGGGAGGCUGGGCAGCAUCCUGUGUUGUGCCAAAACACUACACCAAUCAUGAAGUGCUCCUGUGAUCUUCACUUCCUCUCUGUGCCUCCUCCUCUCCUCCACCACUCACUCCCCAGUCGCAGCUGUGCUGGUGCCCCACACCUGUCUCACACCCGCAUUACACUCAACAUGCAGACCUUUUAGUGAGUUCCAUUACUCAGAUUCAUUAUUCAUUAAUCAGUUGAAAUACACAAUCUUUAACAAGUUUUAGGUUCUCCUCAUGCAAAACAAAUUUUAGCAUUCCCCAUUAUGUGGUUAAACAGUCCUGUAAGUGUGUAGUUUAAGGCUGCUACAUAUUAUACCCUGUGAAUUGUGAAUUGUGCAGGUAUUUUGAUAUUUUCAAAGAUUAUUAUUAUGCUAAACCAAUAGUGUGCUUCAGACUGCAGUAGAAGAGUGUUGACUGACACGACACGUAGCAUGUUAAAGUGUAAUCUAAGAGCAUCAUUUUGGUCUACUUUAUUUAGUAUUUAAUUCUGGUACACUGAUCCUUUGUUUUUCUCGAUGUGUGUGUGUGUGUGUGUGAGAGAGAGAGAGAGUGGAAUAAAGGAAUGAAAGGAAGAAAAUAGGAGUAAGCAAGGAGUAGGUGAAGGGAGGAAAGCAGGGAAUACAUUGUGUCUUUUAUGUUGUUUGUCAGUCAUAAGUUUUGCCCUGCCUGGUCGUCAUGGUGAGUCAUAACCAGCUCCGAUUCGAACUCACCAUUGUUCAAACCUUCGAAGCUGAGGUGGUCACAAUCUUAUCAUGGCGAAGAAGCAGGACACAACUUACGACUGUGACUGUGCACGACGAUGUCUGUGAGUAAAGUAGAAGCCAGGGAACUGCCUGAAGAAGUAUUGAUUGCAUUCAUGUAGUAUGGAGCUUAAAAGGAUACAUGGAAUACGGCAAAGUAGGCAUGCCAACUAUAUUGUUGUCACGUCAACUCAAUUAUUGUAAAUUCCAUUAUUUUCAUCAUUAUCUAUUAGUUAUUCUUCCCAUGAUGGUAGCAAAAUUCAGUACUGAAGUAGUUUGCCAUGAUGCGCUAUGGUGAUCAUGCUGACCACCAUACUGCUGAGUGGCCCCGUAUAAUAGUGAGUGCCCAGAGGUGAGAGAGGGGGUGCUAACCAAUAUUUCAAAUCUUCAACCACUGCCUGCCUGAUUCACCAGUUACCAGUUGCCAUGUAACUUCUGUAGUGAGAAAAAAUUAUACGUCACAGAAUCGGCCAGACAUCAGUUAAAUAUUUACCUGGAGAGAUGCCUUAACACAAAGUACUUAUACCUAACAAUGACAAUAUUUCCAACAAAGUUCAAUCCCCACGUGCAUCCCCUCCCCACACCUUGGAAAUUCCUGGGUACAAAUCUGUAGAACUUUGUGUUACCGUGAAAAAAAAAAAUUAAAAGAUCGUAGGUUUUAGAAAGUCCAUAAUCUAAUAGCUGCCCGCUUCCCGACGUGUACUAUUAUAUAUUAUGUGUCGGAUAGAAGUGCUUCCAGUCCCUGCUAUGACUUGUAAACAUAAUCAGACUUUAAAAGAUAGGUAAAAUAGCUGUUCUCAAAGAAAAAGUCAUGAGACAUAGGUAGUGUAAGGUAAAAAUGUUGAAAAGGCAACCUGGAAGUAGAUGUGUUGACAGCAGACUGAGUGAGGCAAAGUGAGUGUUACUGUGUUCUCCUUUCGUUAUUGUUUUCGUGACAGUGCCAUUGCUCUUGCUGCUUUCAAUGUCUACACUAUGCAUAAUGUUUUCGUGGCCACGCGCAGCCACGCAACACCUCAUAGUCAUUAAUAUCAAAGCCAAAUUAACGAUGCCAGCCAUAGCCCAAGCAGAGGGCAUGGGAUUGAUCUAAAGCUCUGCAAGUCCACCAGUAAUAGUCCUUCUCUAUUGGCAGUGAAUAAGUCUCACGUGCAACAUUCAGCGAGCAAUUUGUUAGAGCGUCACGCGAGCAUGAUCAGCGGAGCCAUGUCACCGUUACCAAAACCUGUACACGUUGUCUUGUUAUCAUCACCGUAGCUGUUGUUUACGUUGAUAUACACACAUUCCCUGUUGUGUCUUGGCGAUAUGUUAUUUACUCAUACGUUACAUCUAGUUUCUAUCCUCUCCCGUGUUAUUUCUAGUUCUUAAAAUGAGAAAACUCAGGAUCUGUACCUGACGCAGGGGGCGACGUCAUCACCCCGCGUUUGGGGCAGAGGUGGCCACGUUGGGGUCCCGCUUCUUAUUCCUAAGUGGUGUCUAAGGUGUUGUGGGUCACGCAUGUAGCUCCUAGGUGAAGGCGAGGGCAUUGUGGUUAUGUUAAGGCCGGGCCACUGUGGGAGCACCUCCAAUCCUUCUGUGUGUGGGGUUAUGGAGUUUAUUUUGUAUUCUUUGUCAGCCGUUGAAUGGGGUUGUGUCUUGCAUUCUAAGGCUUUAUUGGCAGCGUCUGGGGGUGUGGAUGAAGCUUUUUGAGGUUGUGUAGUGAAGCUGCAGAGUCUUGAACGAGUCUCGGGUGCCGUAAGCAGAGCCUUAAACAAAUUAUAUUUUCCUUCUUUGGCAACGCCAGACCCGCCUGAUGGUGUCUUGUUGGAUCACAUUUUCGGGAAAAAAUGGUGCAAAAAAUGUGCCCGUCGUUUUCUUUAAUGGCAUCCUGCGCCAGGUGAGAGGCACUCCUGAGGAGCAGCGCGUGGCGUGCCCAGUGGUGCGCCUCGCACAAGAUGCGUGACGUCGACUUACCAUCACAUCACCCCUCACUCGCGAUGCAUCAGACGUUUGGUUGACGUUUUUAUAACUCUGGUGUACUUCAGUGGAGAUCUUUUGUAAUGUUUUAUUAAAGUGUGACCCUGUCAGGCGAGGCCGAGGCACGGACCUGCCACCAUUUCUCCCCUGCCACCGCCAGUCGCCGCCUCGCCGCCACCAUCAGAUGGGCUGGCCAGCGCGUUUUCAUCUGCCGUUAGAUAUCCAAUUUUCUAUGACAUGCCAUUCAAUACUAUUUGUACGACAUUACCAUUUUGACAAUAAAAUGAAGAAAGUAA